AUGAUCCCCCUCCCCACAAUCCAAGCCUCCAACCGCGGGAUCCCCACCCACCCGUCCAUCCCCCGCAACCCGAUCGCCCUCUUCGUCGGCGCAACCAGCGGCAUCGGCGAAGCGACCGUCAAGCAAUUCGCCCAGCACACCCAGACCCUGCGGCCGCGGGUGUAUCUCAUCGGCCGCAACGCCGCCGCCGGCCACCGCAUCGCCCACGAAUGCGAAUUCCUCAACCCGACCGGAAGGUUCAUGUUCGUGCAGGCCGACGUCAGCCUGCUCUCCGCGGUCGACGAGCUCAGUCUCAGGCUGCUGCGCGACGAGCCCUACCUGAACCUCCUGUUUCUGAGCCCCGGCACGACAGCCGGGAAAGCUGAAACCCCAGAGAACCUCCGCACCCUAGCCUCCCUCCUCUACUACGCCCGCCUCCGCUUCACCCUCAACCUCCUCCCGCUCCUCCAAGCCACACCCCCCGGCCACCUCCGCCGGGUGAUCUCCGUCCUCUCCGGCGGUCACGAAGGCCCGAUCCUCGACGCCGCCGACCCGGACGGCCGCAGCCUUGCGAUGCGCGCCUUCCGGGGCCAGGUCACCUCGAUGACGACGCUGGCGAUGGAGGCUCUGGCUGACCGGGCGCCGACCGUCGCGUUCGUCGAUGAGUACCCCGGGACGGUGCGGUCGGGGCUCUUCCGGGAGGCGGAUAGCUGGUACGGGUGGGUGGUGUGGAUGAUUUUGUUGGUGAUUGGAAGGUGGGUGUAUAUCCCCGCCGUGGAGAGUGGGGAGCGCCAUGUUUUCUUGGCGACGAGUGGGCGGUUCCGGGCCCGGGAGGGUGAAUUCAAUGGACAGAAUGGGGAGGGUGGGGUGAUUGUUGGGGGGAUGGAGGUUGCGAGGGGGACGGAUGGGAGGGUGGGCUCGGGGGUGUAUUCUGUGAAUUGGGAUGGGGAGGUGGCCGGGGAGAGGGUGGGGGAGGUGCUGGAGGGGUUGAGGAGGGACGGGAUGAAGGAGGUGGUGUGGAGGGUGUUGGAGAGUGUGUUUGUUCGGGUUACGGGCAGGGUGAAGGUUGAGAUUUGA